AUGUCCACUAACAAACAGGAAUGGCAGGACUCCACCCUCUCCCGCGUCACCGGACGCUUCCCGGAACGCCGCGACGCUUUCGUCACCGAUUCGGGUCUUCCCCUCGAUACCGUUUACACCCCGGAGGACGAAGUCUCCGCCGGCGUAGGCCACGCCGACGCCAUCGGCUACCCCGGCGAAUUCCCCUACACCCGUGGCGUCCAGCCCAAUAUGUACCGUGGCCGCGUUUGGACCAUGCGCCAGUACGCCGGCUACGCCACCGCCGCGGCAACCAACGAGCGCUACCGCUACCUCCUUGAAAACGGCCAAACCGGCCUCUCCGUCGCUUUCGACCUGCCCACCCAGAUCGGCUACGACAGCGACCACCCUUUGGCCGAAGGCGAGGUCGGCAAGGUCGGCGUGCCCAUCUGUUCCCUCGCCGAUAUGGAGACCCUGUUCGACGGCAUACCCCUCGAUAAGGUCAGCACCUCCAUGACCAUCAACGCCACCGCCGCCGUCCUGCUCUGCCUCUACAUCGCGGCCGGCAAGAAGCAGGGCGUCACCCCCGAUCAGCUGAGCGGAACCCUCCAGAAUGACAUCCUCAAGGAGUACAUCGCCCGCGGCACCUAUGCCUACCCUCCCCGCCCGUCAAUGCGCCUCGUCGUCGACGUGUUCCGCUACUGCGCCGAGAACGUGCCCCGGUGGAACACCAUCAGCAUCAGCGGAUACCACAUGCGCGAGGCCGGCGCCACCGCGUCCCAGGAGUUGGCCUUUACCUUCGCCAACGCCAUCGCCUACGUGCAGGCCGCGGUCGACGCCGGCCUCCCGGUCGACGACUUCGCCCCCCGUCUGUCGUUCUUCUUCGUCGCCCAGAACAAUCUCUUCGAAGAGGUCGCCAAGUUCCGCGCCGCCCGCCGUCUCUGGGCCAACAUCAUGCGCGACCGCUUCGGCGCCAAAGACCCCCGCUCCAUGAUGCUGCGCUUCCACACCCAGACCGCUGGCGUGACCCUCACCGCCCAGCAGCCGGACAACAACGUCAUCCGCAGCACCGUCCAGGCUCUCGCCGCCGUCCUCGGAGGCACCCAGUCCCUCCACGUCAACUCCCGCGACGAAGCCCUGAGCCUGCCCACCGAGGAGUCCGCGCAGCUCUCCCUCCGCACCCAGCAGAUCCUCGCCCACGAGAGCGGCGCCGCCGACGUGGUGGACCCUCUCGGCGGCUCCUGGUACAUCGAAAACCUCACCGACCGCCUCGAGGCCUCCACCCUCGACUACAUCCAGCGCAUCGAUCAGAUGGGCGGCGCCGUCGCCGCCAUUGAGGACGGCUUCCAGGUCCGGGAAAUCGGCGACGCCGCCUUCCGUCACCAGCGCGAGGUCGACUCCAACGACCGCGUCGUCGUCGGCGUGAACCAGUACGUCACCGAAGCUCCCCCGAUAUCCGGCCUCCUACGCGUCGACGCCACCGCCGCCGCCGAACAGGUUGAACGCCUGCGGACCCUGCGCCGCGAACGGGACAACAUGGCCGUCCAGAUCAGCCUUGCCCGCCUCGCCGACGCCGCCCGUUCCACCGGCGCCAACACCAUCCCGCUGAUGAUGGAGUGCGUCGAGCGAUACGCCACCCUCGGCGAAAUCUGCGACGUGCUCCGCCAAGUGUUCGGUGAAUACGAGCCCGUCGGGGGCUUGUGA